AGGGUGAAUCAGCUCACCGGAGCAGAGGGGUUGGAAAAAUGAAAGAAACUUCCCAGCAGAGAAUCCCCCCUGGAGACAGACCCAGUAUGUUUGGUGACUGUGGGAACAGCUUCCCUGGGAGUUCUGCCCAUAUUACUCAGCAGCCAAUCCACAUGGGAGAAAAACGCUAUAGAUGUGCUGAGUGUGGGAAAAGCUUCUCUCAGAGUACGACGCUCAUUAACCAUCAGAGACUCCACACAGGAGAGAAGCCCUACAUGUGCCCCACGUGUGGGAUCAGCUUUGUUCAGCUCUCACAAGUUGUUAGACACCAGAGAAUCCACACGGGAGAAAAGCCCUAUACAUGCCUGACCUGUGGGAAAAGCUUCAGUGAUAAAUCACAUUUCAAUCAACACCAGAAGAUCCACACAGGAGAAAAACCCUAUACAUGUCUGACCUGUGGGAAAAGCUUCCGAUACAGUUCAGCUCUUACCACACAUCAGAGAAAACACACUGGAGAGAAACCUUAUAAAUGUCCCGAGUGCCAAAAAACAUUCAGUGACAGUUCAAUCUUUAGCAGGCAUCGGCGGGUACACACAGGAGAGAAGCCCUUCAAAUGCUGUGAUUGUGGGAAAAGCUUUGGGGAGAGCUCAGACCUUCUUGUACAUCAGAGAGUACACACGGGAGAGAAACCCUAUAAAUGCCUUGAGUGUGGGACAAGUUUCAGAGUACCGUCAGCACUUAUUGUGCACCAGAGAGUACACACUGGAGAGAGGCCCUAUAAGUGCAUGACCUGUGGGAAAACAUACCGAUGUAGCUCACACCUUACUAAACAUCAGAGAAUCCACACAGGCAAGAAAUCCUUGAAGUGCCCUGACUAGGGAAGGGCCAAGUGAAUAACGUCUUUGCCAGUUCCUGUGAACCUCAGAGCAUCAGGCCAGGCUGGAGUGACUGUGUGUGACGUUAUUGACAUGAACUGGGACCAUAUAGAUUAUUGUUGCAACCAAGGUCCUGUAGUGGCACCAAAUCUUCUAUAAAGGGGAUCAGAUAAGGUGUCUAAAACAAGGUUAUGGUUUGCUGGUUAUGAUUAUGCUGUCUGUAUGCAUGUGCCAUUUUAGUAUUUAAAGUUAUCAGUAUUGGCUCUAUACUGUCUGUAUUUCAAACUUGUGCAAUGCUUCUGGAUGAUACCCCAGACAAUGUGGCGUCAGCACUGCCUAGCCUGCUUGAUGGUCCAUUAAGGACCAUCAGCUAUACAAUUGACCCAUUGAGAGAAGGCAGAUACACCUUGUGACUCAGCAAGGUUUGCAGGGACCUGCCUAUGGACUGAACUCUAAGGUUUUUUUCUUGCCAUGUGUCCGAAUGCUUGUCUUUGCAACAAAGAAAGAAAGGCCACAUGACAAGAGACUAUAAAAGACUGCUGCAUCUCCUCCAUCUUGUCUUCAA